CCGCGAAGAUGGCGGCGCCCAUGGAGGUGGCGCUGGUGUCGGACGCGGCGGGGCCGCUCUGCAACUGCUCGGUCUGGGAGCUGCACUCGGGCUCGGCCCUGCCCGGGUACCGCGGCGGCAACAGCGGCCCGCGCGGGCUGGCGCUGCUGGGCGGCGAGCACCUGCUGGGGGCCCAGCUCGGCAAGAGCUACAUCAACGUCUGGGAGCUCCAGAGGAAGGACCAGCUGCAGCAGAAGAUCAUCUGCCCCGGGCCCGUGACCUGCCUGACAGCCUCUCCCAACGGGCUCUACAUCCUGGCGGGGGUCGCCGAGAGCAUCUACCUGUGGGAGGUAUCCAAUGGGAACCUCCUUGCCAUCCUGAACCGACACUACCAGGACCUCACGUGCCUCUGCUUCACCGACGACAGCAGCCACUUCCUCUCGGGGGCCAAGGACUGCCUGGCCCUGGUGUGGAACCUCUACAAUGUCCUGCAGGCAGAGCCCUCCCAGAUCCCCGACCCCCGGCACGUCUGGUCCCGGCACAGCCUCCCCAUCACCGACCUGUGCUGCGGCUUCGGAGGGCCCCUGGCACGGGCUGCCACUGCUUCCCUCGACCAGACAGCCAAGCUCUGGGAAAUCUCGUCUGGGGAGCUCCUGCUUUCUGUGCUCUUUGACGUGGGGAUCAUGGCUGUGACUCUGGACCUCUCAGAGUACCACAUGUUCUGUGGUGGCAUGGAUGGGUCCAUCUUCCAGGUUGAUCUUUGUGCUUGGCCAGUCCAGAGAGACCGGACCUUCCAGACGGAGCGGGAGAACGGGAAGGUCUUCAAAGGGCACAGGAACCAGGUGACGUGUCUGUCUGUCUCCACGGACGGCAGCCUUCUGCUCUCGGGCUCUCACGACGAAACCGUCCGGCUGUGGGACAUCCAGAGCAAGCAGUGCCUGAAGACCAUGAAUCACAAAGGUCCGGUGACGAACGCCUUCAUCGUGCUGGCCCCUGCCAACAUGUUCAACCCCGACGGGAAGCCCAGCGUGCCCCUGCCCAAGUUCAGCAAACACCUGCACGGCACCGAGAGCAGCGACGAGCCGGGUCCGAGGGGGGUGACGCUGCGCCUGGGGCUGCACCAGCAGGAGCCCGGGCAGAGCUACCUGGAGAAGGCAGAGAGGAUGUACUCGCAGAUGUACUUGACGAGGGAAAAGAACCUGGUGGGAGACCAGGAGCACCUGACGAUCCAGGUGAGCGAGCUGGAGGAGGAGGUGAGCAACCUCCGGAAAAUCAACAAGGACCUCUUUAACUUCUCCGCUCGCAUCAUCACCAAUCCAGCCAAGUGAAGAGGCUCCCCCCGCCCUCGCACCCCUCCACCUCUCCCUGCCCGCCCUCGGGCACCUGCCCAGCCGGCAGAGCACACCCGGCCCCUCCCCUGACCCGGCACACGCCGCCCGCUCGGGGACACGGGACUGAGCCCGGCACGGGGGCUGCGGGCGGGACAGCACAGGGACCGUGUCCACCCCGACUCGGGGCCGGGGGCACUCGGGGGCACUCGGGGGCACUCGGGCGGCCACUGCGGGAGAGCUCAGGAUGCAGCUCCUGCUCGUUCCCCGGCUCUUCCCCUGCCCCUUUUUUUGUUUCUUUUUGUUACUUGACCCUGCAGUGCAGACAGAAAAGUGUUUUUCUCUCAAUACCGUUUUGAGAUUGGAUUUUGGAGACCCCCUGCCGCCCACCCUGCCCUGGGAAUCACUGCCCGGCGCUGCCGGACCCCGCUCAGUGGGACCCUGCGCUCGGGACGGCGGGGGCUGAGCAGCUCCUGCUCCGGGGGUGCCCGGGGCAGUGGGGUCUGCUGAGGCAGGCGGGGGGUCCCUGGGCACCAGGGCUGAGGAGGGGGCACCCACCCUGUCCAGUGGGCAGGGCCUGGGGGAGUCCCUGGGCUCCGAGCACGGGUGGUGGUUUUGGGGCACAGGGUCACUCUGGGGAGGGGCAGGGGGGCCAGCAAGGUGCUAUUUCCAAUCUCGUCAGUUGACAAUUUAUAUAUAUUUGGAUCCAACGACUCUGUUUUCACGGUGUUUGGGGACUCGGCCUUUUGUAUUGUCACAGCAUGGCAGCGGGGGUUGUGGGUUUUGUUUAGGUUUAUUUUUUACAUAAAAGAUUUGUUUUUAUAGUGAAA